CUAUCAGUGGGAGAAGCGGUGUGUUGGCAUUCUGGAGCAAUUUAGAGCAAAGUACAAUAAAGCGGUCCUGUCGUCGUGUCACCAGGCGUCUCGUAAUGCAGAAACACCACAACUAAGCGACUUAUUCUCCCGAGAAACAAGAGCAGAGCUGAGGAAGGAGAAUGGGGAAGAAGGAUGCCGGCGCGACCAAAUUACCAGUUGAUCAGUACCGAAAACAGAUUGAAGAGAACCACUGCUCCUCAAGCGACAUGAUACUCAGUGGUAAGCAAGACUACAAAAAGACAAAGUCAGCCUUAAAGGCCACACGACUGAAAGCUGAGGCAAAGAAGAGUUCCUCUGGAUUCAGGGAUGCCUUUCUGGUCAUCGCAGCAAUCCUGUUCUUUGUGCUCUGUGUGUAUGCCUUCUUCUACCUCAACCUGAGCACCGAGAUCAACAUGGACCUGGACGUGGAUUAAAAAGAGGUGGACUGUGGGCAGGACAAUUUUCUUCUUUCUGCACUUCAUACACAAAGACGAGGAUGCAGAAUGAUACUGCUUUAUGAUACCCCAAAGCAUGCAGUCACAAUUUCCUGUCAGCCUUUUUACACUCGACAAAAGUCACAAUAGAUCAAACAAGUAAAGAUUCAGGUAAUGGUUGAGAUUUGCAUUGUUUUGCAACUGUAAACUUUUCCCUUUCAUUUGAAAAUAUUUGUGAGUAUUUUAUGCCUUUUUUAUUAGAGAUAUUAUGGUGAACAGCUGAGAGGAAAUUAGGGGAGUGAGAUAGGGAUCAACAUGCAAGUUUUGGGCCAGAUCCGAACAGUGCAUGCUGCAGUUCACAGUCCGCGCCUUAGCCCCCAGGCCACCAGGAUGCCCUCUUUCCUCUUGUUUUCUGUUUAUUGAUAUAUGACUGUGUAAUGUAUUGGAAACAUAUUGACAUUUGUUAACAUUUGUUACACUAUAAUUCAGCAUCCAUGUAUGUAUUUUCCAAGCCAAGGACCAACAGUGGAGCUUUAUUUCUUUUUCCAUGAAAAAGACAGACCUCUUCCUUCAUGGCACUCAUUAAACAUCUGUUGCAAAAUAUACGUUCAGCAAAGAAACAAACCUCGUUUUUACACAAGUCUUCCAAACUACAGUCACGCCCAAGCUCUAUUAAUCAUAUUCUGCGGAGUCACGUCCUGCUGUUUUCUCCACUAAUAGAAAAAUGUAAAUCUUCAUGCUGAACCCCUCAUCACAUUGAGACAAACACUUGCCUCACAUUCCAGUGCACAAACCUCUCCUCCCUGGAUAUCUGGAGAUCACAAAGUGUGAGAUUAGAAUCCACAAAGCCCUCGUCCUGAUUGAACAUGUGUGCAGAAUACAGAACAACAUAUUCUACCUGCUGCACAUACAUGCAGUACAGAGACAGGCAUCCACAGGAUUAGCAUAACAAAUAUGAUCCUGUUCUUUCAUUUGAAUGUAAAUUACAGAGAUGAAUGAUGACUGAAUAGAGGUGAGCCAACAUGUUUCUCAUAAGGAACAUCUUGAUGAUUUCUGCUCCUCUUCAAACAUCUGUAUUGUUGUUCCCUUAAGGAUGACAUGUUUCUAUAGAGGGAUAUGAAGGUUUAUCAAUGGCUCUUUAUCCCACUGCUUUUCUCUUUGUGCACUAGUCUUAGAAGGUGCAAGGACUGACCUUCCAAUAACCAUUACAGUCCAAGUGCUUCCAAUGUUUGAAAGGUUCUUUGUGAGCAAAGGAAAAGCAGAGUCAGAGGCUUUUAUUUAAUCUAUUUUCAUCCAGUUAUCAAAUUGUAUUCCUUUUUUGCUCUCUGUGCAUCUCAACUACUUUUUUACCAAAUGCAAUACUCUCAUCUAUAAAGCAGUUAUUUUGGAUAUGACUUGUUUUUAAAUUAGUGCAAUGCAUAAAAGGCCCAUACCAAAAUCCACAAGAGGCCUUUUGACUUUCAUUCCUAACAACAUGUUUUUUUUUCCACAGUCUUUUUCUUAAAAACAAGCCUUGCGUCUGUGUUCUGUUGCUGAUAUGAUUCUCGAAACGUGAGACGAAUUUGAGCUUUCAGUUUCUGCUUUUUUCUCUCUUUUCUCCCAUGACCUCUAGACCUCUAGUAAAACACUGCAUGUCAAAGAAACCAUUAUGAUAAGCGUGCACCCAUACCCAGUGGCUUUUAUCUGGCCUUGGUAUAUCUAGACUCCCCUCUUCCACCACUGUGAGUUACUCACAUGUAUAACAAUAGACAGGCUUGCCUAAUAGGCCUUCAUAUGUGACACCUCAUCCAAAGGGUCACCAUUACCUACUACAAGAGCUCUGACAUCAUCACAGUGGAAACAAUCUGACAGCCCAAGCUAUUUAUUCAGGCUCAUGUUUGGCAGAGCUAUUUUUCACAAUAAUGUAAUAGCACUAACCUUUACACAAUGGUUUAAUGGUUAGUGUCACAUGUUGUAGUAUCAUUCAAUUGAUUUGUAUAUGUAAUCAUUGAAUGUUUUAUCAUUAUGAUACUUGAUACUGUGUGAUAUAUUGUCAUUAUCCUGCAUUCCUUUACUCUAAUUAAACUACUUUCAAAAUGAA